AUGACUGCAACCGAUUAUCAUUGUUAUUCGGAGUUUUUCCAGAGACAGGUCCUCGCCUGUUUCCUUACAAACCCGCACUAUGGCAGCCUCAUUAAUGCAGAUGGCCAUGCUGAAGUGUGGACGGACUGGAAUAAUAUGUCCAAGUUUUUCCAGUAUGGAUGGAGAUGCAACACUAAUGAAGAUGCCUAUUCAAACCGUACCCUGAUGGGCAACUGGAACCAGGAAAGAUAUGACCUAAAGAAUAUCGUGCAGCCAAAACCCUUGCCUUCCCAGUUUGGACACUACUUUGAAACAACAUAUGAUACAAGCUACAACAACAGAAGGCCACUUUCAACCCAUAGGUUUAAGCGAGAGCCUCACUGGUUCCCAGGACAUCAACCUGAGCUGGUUCCUCCUCCAUACAAAUGCACAGAAAAGUCAACUUACAUGAGUAGUUAUUCAAAGCCUCAAACUGAUCAUCACUCUGUGUGUGUGUGGAAUCCUAGUAACUGCCGGUUUCAGAGUCCAUGA